UUUAUUUUAGUUUAUUUUUUCCCUAAUAGUGUUAUGGUAUUGUCUCACUGGCAUUUUGUGAUCUGGUGUAGCUGUUGGAUCCUUUUUUGCAGAGGUACUCUUUAGCUGGUCAUUCCCCAUCUCCUGAGUUAGUUAUUUCCUCUAAAUAGCAUGCUUUGUCCCUGUUGAAUUACAUCCUAAUUUUAUUAGAUUAUUUGUCUAGUUGGUCAGAAUUUACUUGCCUUCCAGAGUGUCUGCAGCCCUCUCCUGAUUUUCUGUUAUUUGUGUUCCCAGUCUGUCUAUUUUUCUGUAAAUGGCAUGGAUGGAAAUUCAGGGCUGCACCAAGAUGAGAUCCUGAGCCCUCUAUGAAACUCUACUGCAGAUAUACACUUGGUUUAGCCUACACAGCUCAGGCAGAUGAGAAGACAGGCCCUGCUACUCCUACAGAUGCUCAUGCCAGAGCCUUACAGGUUUGCAAUGGACCUUUAGAACAUUAUGACUUUUUGAUUAAGCAUCAAGAGCUGAAGAAUGAUGAGCAACAAAGGAGAGUUGUGCAGCACCUGCAGAAAUUGCAUGAGAGCCUUAAAGGCUACAGCAUUGAUUCGAAAAGUGUUCUUUCACAGCUCUUUGCCAAAACCAACCCCCCAAAAGGUCUUUAUGUCUAUGGAGAUGUUGGCACAGGAAAGACAAUGGUGAUGGACAUGUUCUAUUCUCACUUAGAAGUAGAAAAGAAAAAGAGAGUCCAUUUCCAUGGCUUCAUGUUGGAUGUACACCAGAGAAUACAUCGCCUUAAGCAGAACUUACCAAAGAGAAAAGCAGGAUUUAUGGCCAAAUCAUACGACCCAAUUGCACCUGUGGCAGAGGAAAUAAGCAGAGAGGCUGCUCUCCUGUGUUUUGAUGAGUUUCAGGUCACUGACAUUGCUGAUGCCAUGAUUCUGAAGCAGCUUUUUGAAAAUCUCUUCCAAAAUGGGGUUGUCGUUGUGGCAACAUCUAACAGGCCGCCAGAAGAUCUCUAUAAAAAUGGUCUUCAGAGGGCUAAUUUUGUACCAUUCAUUGCUGUGCUGAAGAAAUACUGCAGCACAGUCCAGCUUGAUUCUGGAAUAGACUACAGGAAACGAGUGCUUCCAGCUGCUGGGAAACUUUACUACCUCACAAGUGAAGCUGAUGUGGAGGCUGUCAUGGAUAAGUUGUUUGAUGAGCUGGCUCAGAAACAAAAUGAUUUAACUAGACCAAGGAUUCUAAAAGUGCAAGGCAGAGAGCUGGGGCUGAAUAAAGCAUGUGGAACCAUUGCAGACUUCACGUUUGAAGAGCUGUGCGACAGACCUCUUGGAGCCAGCGACUAUUUGGAAAUAUCAAAGCAUUUUGACACAGUGUUUGUUCGUGACAUACCACUUCUUACAAUAGCAAAAAGGACACAAACUCGUCGUUUCAUUACUCUUAUUGAUACCUUUUAUGAGCAUAAGGUGCGCAUUAUCUGUUCUGCGGCAGCUCCUCUCCAAAGCUUGUUCCAGGUGAAACAGGACAGUGCUGAACGGCAGGAGAACAGAGUCUUGAUGGAUGAUUUGGACUUGAGCCAGGAUUCUGCCAAAGGACUCUCCGUGUUUACAGGAGAAGAGGAAGUCUUUGCCUUUCAGCGUACUCUCUCACGGCUCACAGAAAUGCAAACUGAACAGUACUGGAAUGAUGGGGACAGAAGCAAAAAAACAUAAUUAAAAGUUGAAUGAAAUCACCAGGAAGUAAAAUUACAGCAUGAAAUCACCAAGAAGAAAAAUUGGAAAAGCUUCAGAAAAGCCCUGGAAAGCUUUUUAGCACAACUUGAAUAAUAAUUGCACUUUAUCAUCUGGACCAUGUUUUCUUUCAUCAAUAGUUUUUUUUAGUUUCAGACAUGAGGUCUCAGUUAUUUGUCUGUACCACCAGUGUGUGGACAUGUGAAAUUCUGCCUUCAUUUGUUCUUCUUCAAACAUGUCUGGCUCCAUGUAGUGGUGGUGAAUGGGAUUACCUCCAGCUGGUGGCUGGUCACCAGAGGUGUUCCCCAGGGCUCAGUAUUGGGGCCAGCCCUCUUCAAUAUCUUUAUGCAUGGUAUGGCCAGGGGGAUCAAAGUGCAGCCUCAGUAAGUUCACAGAUGAUGCCAAGUUGGAUGGGAGCGUUGAGCUGCAGGAGGGCAGGAAAGCUCUGCAAAGGGAUCUGGACAGGCUGGAUCAAUGGGCUGAGGCCAGUUGUAUGAGGUUCUACAUAGGCCAAGUGCCAGGUCCUGUCCUUGGGUCACAACAACCCUGGGCAGCACUAAGGGCUGGGGCAGAGGGGCUGGAAAGUUGCCCAGGGGAAAAGGACCUGGGGGUGCUGGUAAACAGCAGCUGAACAUGAGCCAGCUGUGCCCAGGUGGCCAAGAAUGCCAAUGGAAUCUCAGCCUGUAUCAGCAACAGUGUGGCCAGCAGGACCAGGGCAGGGAUUGUCCCCCUGUACUUGGCACUGGUGAGGCCUUAGUUUGAGUGCUGUGUCCAGUCUGGGCCCCUCAGUACAAG